UCUCAUGGUUGUUACUUAUGGAACAGAAUGGAGAAGUACUUACACCAUGCAGGGAAUAUUCGUCCUAGGAUUGCCGUAUGCUCUCCUCCACAGUGGAUACAGUGGUCUCCUUCUUAUAGUCUUGGCCGCAGCAUUAUGCUGUUACACAGGCAAAAUUCUAAUUGCUUGCUUGUAUGAAGAAAAUGAAGAUGGGCAACUGAUAAGAGUGAGAGACACGUACGAAGAUAUUGCAAAUGCCUGCUGCAAAAAGCUGUCUCCCAGUCUAGGUGGCAUAGUUGUCAAUGUGACCCAAGUGGUGGAACUGAUAAUGACAUGUAUUUUGUAUCUGGUUGUUAGUGGGAACUUGCUGUCACACAGUUUUCCAUAUGUACCCGUGACAGAGAAAACUUGGUCUGUAAUUGCAUUUGUUACUCUGUUGCCUUGUAUAUUUAUCAGAACACUCAAAAUUGUUUCCAAACUCAGCCAGCUUUGCUCUUUGGUUCAUUUUGUUAUCAUCUUUGUAGUAAUAACUUACUGUGUCACACAAAUGCAUCAAUGGUCCUGGGCAAAAUUUGGACUCUCACUUGAGUUUGAGAACUUCUUGGUUUCUGUAGGGGUGAUCAUUUUCAGUUACACUUCACAAAUAUUUCUUCCCACACUUGAAGGUAAUAUGAAAAACCCAGGGGAAUUUAGGUGUAUGCUAAACUGGACUCACUUUUUUGCCUGUAUCUUGAAAACAACCUUUGCACUUACUGCUUUCUUGACCUGGGGUGAAAAGACAAAGGAAGUUAUUACUGACAACCUGCCAUCAUUUCUUGAAACCCUAGUGAAUUUAUGUCUCUUAACCAAGGCUCUUCUUUCUUACCCUUUGCCCUUUUUUGCAGCCACAGAAAUUGUGUGUUCUUGUAUUUCUAAAGACAACCAUACCAAUUACAGUUCUCCACUGCUUGCUCUGACUGUAAGAGGCUCAUUUCUCUUGUUAACUCUGUUGAUGGCCAUGUUCACACCACAUUUUGCCCUGCUGAUGGGUUUGUCAGGCAGUGUAACAGGUGCUGCUAUGACUUUUCUUCUUCCUUCUCUCUUCCAUUUAAAACUUAAAUGGAAAAAAAUGUCCUUCUUAGAGAAAUGUGCAGAUAUCUCUGUUUUUAUUUUGGGCUUCCUUUGUAGCCUUGCAGGCAUAGUUUGCUCGAUAAAAGGGCUUCUUGAAGUAUUUGGAGGCAUGUAAAGGAUUUCCUGAAAGACAAAUAAGGAGCAAAUCUUAUUAAUGCAUUUAACCCGUUAGUCUGUAUAUAUGAGAUUUUGUCACUAGGUAGAAUUAAGCAUAUGCUUAAAUGUUUGCAGAUUCAAGUCUUUAACUAUAAAAUUAUGUAUCUCUAAGCAAACCAGAAAAAACCAGAAACCAGAAAAUAACAUUCAUAGCUAAAAAAUACAAAAUUAGGCCUCUGUAAAAUAUUGAAAAGAAAGGUGUUGGAGAUAGUUUAACAGGAAAAUAAUUGUAAGUAAUCCUACAUGGUUUUAGUCAUACAUGGCAUGCGCAUCCUGAAAUUACUACUGCAAGUGAUUUCACCAAUUUAACCAGAAUUCUUCAUAGGGUUAGAUACUGUUCAGUCUCAAAGCUAUCAAAACUACCUUACAGGAUGUGAGAGAGAUCACAGAAUCACAGAAUUCUAUUAUUAGAUCUAUUAUUGAAAAUUGAUAAAAUAUUAUUUCACCUCAUUGGCAGACUGCAAUUCAACAUGUGAACAGAACAAAUCAGUGAAUUUUGGUUUUUAUGUAAGACAAAUUCUGCUACUUGUUUUUUAAAUGAAUAGGCAAAAAGAGAGCUCAGCUUAGAAUAGCUUUGAAAGCCUGCUUUUAUCAUGACUUCAAAUAGGAAUACAGUCAGAGUAAAAGGGGCAUUCUAACAGUUCAAAGUCAUGGAAAAGAGAAUUUUUUCUGAAAUAAGCUAUAGCCAGUGACUGCAGCUUUUCUGCAAGUGUAACUCCUAAGAUUCAUGUCUCUGCAAUGCAGCUACUCUAUUGGUUGGGUUACUAGAAGUCUCUCUGUAGCAUGGAAAUGUUAACAUGCAGUUCACUUUCCCUGCAAGAAAUUUCUUUGAUCUGUGUAUUUUAUCUGCUUCUAUUAAAAGCUCAAUGGAGUAAAUCAAGUUCAAUAAACAGACACACAAUUAACUUCCUGUACAAUUUGGUAGAUCUUUAGCUUUAAAAGAUAUUGGCUUAAUAAAAAGAUCAGCAUUGCAAU